CUUUUUGCUCCACCUCCUGCUCCUCCUGUCCCAUCUUUUUUGCUCUUCCAUAGCUCUUUGGGAGUUCUGCUCUAUCACAUACUGUGCGGGAGGAUGAUAGGUCGAUUGCGGAGAGGCUUCAUCUUGUUCCCGCAACUAUUCCUCCUGUUUGUAUCAAUUUCCUCAAUUUUUCUGUUUGUCUUAGUAGAAUGUAAACCGCCAAAGAGUUUGAAUCGAAUGAGAAGUAAAGGAACCUAUAAUGCAGCUGCAUUCAAUUCACCAUCAAUGAUUAACAACGGAUUGCUUCUGGCGGGUUUUGAAAACAACGAUACAAGUCGAGAAACACGAGAAAGUUAUGAAGAAUAUAAGGACGAUAUCGAUCAUUUGCUGGAAGGAGAUCUAACUUUUUAUGAUGAAGGAGCUGAUACUGCUGCAGGAGAUGUUGUCAUAACGUCUGAAACACCAGUGGAGAAGCAUAAAGAAGUACAUUUUAAAAAUGAACCUGAAGAGGAAGAAAUUGGAAAAGAAGACGAUGGUGGAGGUGAAGCAGAAGAAGGUGAAUAUGAAGAAGAGAAUGGAAGUGAUGCUGAAGAAGAAGAAGAAUCACCUGAAAAAGUUGAACCCGCAACAUCAACUAUAACAACAGAAGCACAAACGACAACAACUCCUGAAGAAGUAACACAAGAUGUUUCAGACAACAUUGAAGAUGAUGAGGAUGCUAGACCAAAAUCAGAAGAGCAUUCUCCAAAACACGCUGCAUCAUCAUCGGAUCUUUUUGAAGAUGACGAUCAGUCGACUACACUGGAAUCGAUUGCCAGAUUAUCAGCUCCGGCACAUGUACCAAUUGAACAACCUCAAACAUCUGACACAGAAAUUCUGGAGCACCUUUUAACACGUGGAUACGAUCAUCGAGUGAGGCCACCAGGAGAGGAUGGAACAAUACAUGGAGGACCAGUCGUUGUUUCAGUGAACAUGCUUCUUCGAAGUAUUUCAAAAAUAGAUAAUGUAAAUAUGGAAUAUAGUGUACAACUGACAUUCCGUGAGAGUUGGGUCGAUAAGAGACUCAGCUUCGGAGUGAAAGGAGAUGCUCAACCUGACUUUUUGAUUCUAACUGCUGGACAGGAAAUUUGGAUGCCCGACUCGUUCUUCCAGAAUGAGAAACAAGCAUACAAGCAUAUGAUUGACAAACCGAACGUUUUGAUCCGUGUACACAAAGAUGGAACAAUUUUGUAUUCCGUCCGUAUUUCACUUGUUCUCUCAUGUCCAAUGCAUCUACAGUAUUAUCCAAUGGAUGUUCAGCAAUGUUUCAUUGAUCUUGCAUCAUACGCCUACACAACAAAAGAUAUUGAAUAUGUAUGGAAAGAGGAGACACCUGUUCAGUUGAAAGCUGGUUUAUCAAGCUCGUUGCCUUCAUUCCAAUUGACUAAUACUUCAACGACAUAUUGCACCAGUAAAACGAACACGGGAUCUUAUUCGUGUCUGAGAACUAUUAUUCAGUUGAGAAGACAGUUCAGUUAUUAUCUUCUCCAACUCUACAUUCCAUCAUGCAUGUUAGUCAUCGUAUCCUGGGUUUCAUUCUGGAUCGAUCGUACAGCUGUUCCGGCUCGUGUCACACUUGGAGUUACCACAUUGCUCACAAUGACAACACAAUCAUCUGGUAUCAAUGCAAAACUUCCGCCAGUUGCCUACAUCAAGGCUAUUGAUGUAUGGAUUGGAGCCUGUAUGACAUUCAUUUUCUGCGCGUUGUUGGAGUUCGCCUGGGUGACUUAUAUUGCAAACAAGCAAGAUGCUAAUAAGAGGGCUCGAACUGAAAGAGAGAAAGCUGAACUUCCAUUCCUUCAAAAUUCACAUAACGAUGUGUGGGUACCACGAGAAGUUGCUGAACAAGAACGAGAAGUAAUGACAGUUCGAAUGAAUCGCCGUCAAACAAAUAGCGUCUGGAAAUGGAUCAAAACAAAGACUGAAUGGAAUGACAAGUCGAAAAGAGCAGAUCUUAUAUCUCGAGUCAUGUUCCCUGUACUAUUUCUCACGUUUAACAUCUCCUAUUGGACUCAUUAUGGACAAUACGGUGUGGCCAUCAGUACGUAAUAUUCUGGAAUUAUUUAGCAAUCAAAUACUUUCUACUAUCAUACCGGUGCCCUCAAUGGAGAAAACAAAAUGAACACGCCUGCAAUAAACACCAUUUGAAACUGUGAAUAAAACCUGUUUGUUACGAAUUUUUUAUAAAAAUAAAUAUUUUUUUAAAUGA